CAACUUGGAAACACGGCGGAGCGAAACUCGGCUUGUGGAAGGCUGAACUGGCCCGGUGGUCGGCGACUCUGGACGCGGGCAGACAGCGGCUACACGGACCGGCCUGUAACGAACCAGCGCGGCACAAAUCCACACCAACCGUCCGUCCCGUAAACCACCUGGAAGUUUAAACUUCGCGUCAAACUUUCCGCGGGGCUCCUCAGCCUGAGCUCGUGAAGUCGCUUGUGUCGCUGGCCUGUAGACCGAAGCGUUCGCCCCCACAUGUUUCUGCCUUGUUCCUGCUAGUUCCCAAAGCAACCAGGUGAGCAGGCCGUGUGGCUUCCCCGGGGGACCUGCGCAGGUAACGGAGCUAGUUUACCUGUACGCACUCGGUGACGCACGAAGUCUUCGCCGCUCCCCUUUCGCCCCACGGCUCUCCCGCAGCCGCCGGAGAAAAGCACCGGGGAGCCGCCGAGCACCAGGACGUUCAUGGAUCUACCAGGAGGCAGCGAGACCCGGCGGAGGGCGGGCGGCAGAGCCCCCGCGGCGACGAACAGGAGGAAAGCAGCGGUGGACGCGAUGUUCGCCGUCGGUAUUAUCUGCCUCCAAGUUCUGUCCAUCCAGGCUGCUGCCAUCCAGUUCACCAAGGAGCCCAAGUCCCAGGAUGCCUUGCACGGCCGCAGCGCCAUGCUGCGCUGCGAGGUCAGCGACCCGACCGACAUCAGCUACGGCUGGCUCCACAACGGCCAGCGCCUGGAAAACAGCGAGAGGCGCUUCCAGGAGGCCAGCAACCUCAAGUUCACCGCCGUGGAUCGGCAGCUGGAUGCGGGGAACUUUGAGUGCGUCGCAGAAAACGUGGUCACGGGAGAGGUUCGCCACUCCACCAAUGCCUCCUUCAAUAUCAAGUGGUUAGAAAGUGGUGGUGUGACAUUGAAGGAGCCCGCCUCAGAAGGGGACAUUGAGAGCUCUGUGCCGGUCACGUUGCGCUGUCAUAUUGAUGGACACCCACGGCCAACGUGCCAGUGGUUCAAGGACGGGGUGAAGCUGACAGAGAAGAGCCAUCAGAUCAAUAACAAGGAAAGGACGCUCACCUUCAAGAGUGCCAGUCCGGACGACAACGGCCUGUACUACUGCUGUGCCAAGAAUGCAGCCGGGCACGUCUGCAGCAACAGUAACUUCACUCUCAACAUUAUAGAUAAGAGUUUUCCGCGGCCAGUGGUCACUCCUGAGGACCAGGUGGUGCUGCGAAACGAGGAGGCCGCUCUCCACUGCCAGUUCACUGCCGUGCCGGCCCCCACGUUGGAGUGGUACCAUGAAACCGAGCUGCUGGCAAACAAGUCUCGUGUGGUCCUGCUCUCCAACGGCACACUGCUGAUCACCCAGGUCAAGCCCAGGAACACGGGGACCUACAAGUGUGUGGGUCGUGGCCUCAGAGGGUCCCAGGUUACAUUGGAGGCCUCUCUCCACAUAGCAGAGAUAGAAGACAUGGUGCCCAAGAUGUCCAAGGUUUUCACGGCGGACACCCUGCAGCGGGUGCCCUGUCGCCCCCCACGCGGCAGGCCUGAGCCCGAGGUCUGGUGGGAGAGAGGAGGCCAGCGGGUGCCCACAGAGGGCAGAGUGUACCAGGAUGGCUUGGACCUGGUCUUCAGUCCCACAGAGGAGGGGGAUUCCGGCACCUACACCUGCGUGGCCCAGAACAAGGCAGGACGCAAGACACAGGAGGUCACUUUCACCGUGGCCACUGCCCCGGUGUGGGUGAUGAGGCCUCAGGACAGCCACUUAGAGGAGGGUAAACCAGGAUACCUUCACUGUCACGCUCAGGCCAACCCUGAACCUGAGGUCACCUGGCUGCGCAACAACAUCAUGAUCACCCCAGAGGAUUCUCGUUUUAAGCUGUUCCCUAACGGCACCCUGAGGAUCAACAACGUGGAGGUGUACGACGGACAGAUGUACGGCUGUGAAACCAAGACUGCCGGCGGCCGACUGUCUGGGCAAGCCAGAGUGACUGUGCUCGAGAAGCUGAAGUUCACCCCGACCCCCCAGCCUGCUCAGUGCCUGGAGCUGGAUAACGAGAUCACCAUCCAGUGCUCAGCUAAAGGCCGAGAGAGCCCCACCAUCCGCUGGACCAAAGCAGACGGAGGAGAGCUGCCAGCCCGCGUGGAGCAGAGGAACGGCCAGCUCCACUUCACCAAAGUCACCCGCAGCGAUGCCGGCAACUACACGUGCAUCGCCUCCAACAGCCUCCAGGGGGAGAUCAGAGCCCUGGUGACCCUCACUGUGGCCGUGUACAUUCGCUUUAAGGUUGAGCCAGAGAACACAACGGUGUACCAAGGUCACACAGCCAUCCUGCACUGUCAGGCCACCGGCGACCCCGAGCCUCACAUCCACUGGAUGGCCAAAGACAAGACGCUGGACAUCAGUAAGAACAGGAGGUUCCAGAAGAUGCCCAAUGGCUCCUUGGUGAUUACAGAUGUCACUACGGAUGACACUGGCAGAUACACAUGUGUGGCUGGAAACAGCUGCAGUAUCAAAGACCGCGUGGCUCAGCUGUAUGUAGUGGACAAACCAGUGCAUUCCUUUGAUGAAGAUGGCGACAAGGCUCCUUACAAGAUGAUCCAAACCAUCGGCCUGUCUGUGGGAGCAGCUGUGGCUUACAUCAUUGUAGUGCUGGGACUCAUGUUCUACUGCAAAAAGAGACGCAACGCCAAGAGACUGCAGAAAGGCCAGGACGGAGAGGAGCCUGAGAUGGAGUGUCUCAAUGGAGGGGCCAUUCAACAAAAUGGCCACACCACCGCUGAGAUCCAGGAAGAGGUGGCACUCACCAACAUGGGCACCAUGGCAACAACCGAGAAACGCCACAGCCAUGUUAACAAUGAUAAGCUCCACUUUCCUCGAGCAAACCUCCAAACCAUCACUACUUUAGGUAAAGGUGAGUUUGGUGAGGUGCUGCUAUGCAAAGCUAAAGGUAUCGAGGAGGGCGAGGAGGAGACGGUGGUCUUGGUGAAGAGCCUGCAGACCAGAGACGAACAGCUCCAGCUCGACUUCCGCCGUGAGGCUGAAAUGUUCGCCAAGCUCAGCCACCCCAACGUCGUCCGCCUGUUGGGCCUGUGUAGGGAGGCAGAGCCCCACUACAUGAUCCUAGAGUACUAUGACCUGGGAGACCUAAAGCAGUUCCUACGAAUUUCCAAAAGCAAAGAUGACAAGGUCAAGUCUCAGCCAAUCAGCACCAAGACCAAAGUUUCCAUCUGUGCACAGGUGGCUCACGGGAUGGAGCAUCUGUCCAAUCACCGUUUCGUUCACAAAGACCUCGCCGCCCGAAACUGCCUGAUCAACAGUCAGAGGCGCGUGAAAGUGUCGUCGCUCAGCCUCAGCAAGGACGUCUACAACAGUGAGUACUAUCACUACAGACAGGCAUGGAUCCCGCUGCGCUGGCUCCCAUCAGAGUCUGUGUUUGAGGACGACUUCUCCACCAAGUCUGACGUGUGGGCCUUUGGAGUGUUGAUGUGGGAAGUGUUCAGUCACGGGGAAAUGCCAUACACCAAACUCAGCGAUGAUGAGACGCUGGAAGCCCUGCAGACAGGGAAGCUGAAGCUGCCCAUUCCAGACGGAUGCCCCUCCAAAAUCUACAAGCUCAUGGCCCGCUGCUGGGCGCUAAGCCUCAAAGAGCGCCCCUCCUUCACUGAAAUCGUGCACGCCCUGGGAGACCUGCCCUCUGACAGCAAAGUCUGAGACGACCACGGCCCCACAUCAGAGGGGAACUUUGACCAACCCCCUUCCCCCAAAAUAAAGACAGGAAUGCUGGAUUAUUAGUCUCACACAUUUCAGGGAAGAGGGUUGAGGAGAGAACACUUUUUUUAUAAUAUGCAUUUCAAACAGUGGGUGUGUGGAGAAGACUUCUUUGCUCUAUCAGUGGAAACGCACUCAUGUUUGUGUGAAUGGCUUCUUGUGAGCAGUGCCAGGAGUUUACUUUUGCCUUAACCGCAGCAUGGACGACCCCCCCACCUCCCCUUCUCCUUCGAGUCCCAGUCUGUGGUUCCACUGUGACCCUGCCUGCCUGUCUGCGGCCGCUCUGUCCCAGAGACACUUUGUUUCACGGAGCCUCACAACCUCAGUGCCUCUACCCCUCCGCACACACACUCACCCAGACCUCCAACUGCUCUGUAGGGAUGUUCGAUACAGUGCUUUUAUCAAAACAGAUUAUUGGUCUGAAGUUUAGGAAAUACCCCUGAAACUUAGGUUGACUGCUCUCUCAAGUCCUCUGUGUUUUCUCAUGAAACUAGAAAGAAUAUUGAAGGGAAAGUGGGAAAUAAUGUGUCUUCAGUGGGACAGUGAAGCUUCAAUAUUCCAUCAACCAGUGGUGUGUUCAUCUGCAUCCUGAGUCCGUCACCCUCACAAUGGAGGAGACACCUCGAGUCUCUGUCCACCAAGGACCCAUCACCAUCCUCCAAAGUGUGUGUGUGUGUGUGUGUGUGUGUGUGUGUGUGUGUGUGUGUGUGUGUGUGUGUGUGUGUGUGUGUGUGUGUGCGCGCACCACGGAACUGUUCCCAUGCUCCAGUGUACGUUCGAAGAAGAAGAGGAACGGGGUUUGCAUGAAGGUUCGCCGUCUGUAACGCUUGUGGUUCGCGCCGCGAGGGGACUUGUGGAAAAAGUAAUCCGUGUUACGGUAACACUUCAGGAACAUAAAAAAAGAUCAAGUUUAUAGCCAAGGAACAUUAUUGAAUAGAUGAGAUUGUGCCAGUGUGGCCGUUUUUUAUGAGUGUGUUCUGUUCAUGUAUUAACUUGGAGGUGCUUAUUGGUCACGACCUAUGGGUAAGAAUAUCCGUUAUACCACACCAACAUUGUCAUGUUGUCUCAGUUGCGGGGAUGCAGCCUAUCACUGUGUUUAACCUGCAUCAUAAUUUGUUCAGAGGUCCAAUCACAGUUUCCCUCCCGGUCCAGUUGUUUUGUGCAAUGCUGCAAAGUGGACCAUCACACCAGGCAAUGUGUACAUAAUGUAGAAGCCAUGCACUAACUUCACUUAAAAGAAUAUCCCUUGUUAUCUCUAUCAUGUUGUGUAGUAGGUCAUGCAGGUGCCUGUUUAUUUAUGAUGAAGGUCCUGUUUUUUUUAACUAUGUUUAUAAUAGGAAGGUACUUCUCUGAUGAAAUCAUUCUCAUGGUCCAUCUCAAUGUGCGUUCAGUCUGGUUCAGCUGAAUCUGCUAACACAAAGUACAAAGGAGGUCAGAGGAGUGACUGCUGGUCACCAGUACUCGUUUAAGUGCCUGGUAAAUGAAGGAUUAUCUUAACUGUUUUCCCUUUUUAUUUUAUUUUUUUUUUUUUGUUACAUUAUCUAAUCAAAUGCAAUGGCCUUUGUUUAUGAACUUGUUUUUAUACGUUGUUUUUAGUGUAAUGUUUUUAUGAAUGCUAGGCACUCACACCGAUGUCUUUUUUAAUCUGCUUCAGCAAAUGUUCACAAUAAUCACAGAUAUAUACAAAAGUAUACAUGCUGCUGUCAAUAAAGGUUCACAGUGUUUGUA